AUGGUCAGAGGGCAUAUCCGAUAUUCCAUCCCCGAGGAGAUGAAGAAGGGCUCUCUGAUCGGUAAUGUAGCACAGGACCUCGGUUUGGAUCUGAAACGGCUCCGUUCUGGUCGGGCCCGUAUCGUGACCGGAGAGAGCAUCCAGUACACCGAGCUGAAGACAGACAAAGGGAUUUUAAUCGUGAAAGAGAGAAUAGAUCGGGAACAGCUUUGCGGAGACGUGACACCGUGUAGUUUCAGCUUUGAGGUGAUUUUAGAAAACCCGAUGGAGUUGCAUCAAAUUACAGUUGAAAUAACAGAUAUAAAUGAUCAUUCGCCGACAUUCAAAAGAAAUAACAUCAAUUUUGAAAUCAGCGAAUCAGCUAAUAUUGGCGUUCGUUUUCCACUGACUAGUGCAGAAGACCCAGAUGUGGAUGUUAAUGGACUAAGAGAAUAUUUUUUGACCGAGAAUGAGAAUUUCGUUCUAAAACAAAUCUCUAAUGCAGAUGGAAAGAAAUAUGCAGAGAUGGUGCUUCAGAAGCCCCUCGACAGGGAGACAAAUCCUCAUCUUUCUCUAAAGCUCAUAGCAGUGGACGGCGGAACUCCGCAGAGAUCUGGUACAGUAAAUAUAGACAUCACUGUUCUUGAUGCUAAUGACAAUGCGCCUGUUUUUAAUCAGUCUGUGUACAAAGCUACAGUGAUGGAAAAUGCACCCAGAGACACUUACGUCACCACUGUAAAUGCUAGUGACGCAGACUUCGGGUCACAUAGUAUUGUAUCGUAUUAUUUUUCAGAUCUCAAUAGUGGUCUCGGGGAUUUAUUUACGGUGGAUGGAAAGUCGGGUAUAAUCUUAACAACUGGUUUAAUUGACUAUGAAAAAGACAAAAAGUACGAACUAAGAAUCGAGGCCAAAGAUCAGGGAG